GAGUUUUUUUGUUAGUGAAAAAUACAAAAUGAAGUUUUUACUGCUGAUGUUCCUUGUUCAUCAGUCUUCGGGCGUUAUUUAUCAUUUAAAUUUUACGGAGUACGUCAAAAUGCCGGAGCUAUAUCACAUGGAUGACUAUGACACGUGCAUUGUGGAGCCGGGGGGGACUUACUGCCUUUUCGACGCCGAUAUCUACUCGAAAGACAACUCCGAACUAAUGCAAAUGAUAAAGGAAUACACAGCCUAUGACGUCAAGCAUUAUAACCAUACAGUAGUCCAUCGAGCGUUGUGCGUACAGAAAACUUGUAAAGAAUUCAUGCAGAACAGGAGUUUAGAAAAUGAGGAGGAUCUAAAUGCCGUCCUUGAGGAGUGCGUGGACGCUGAGCUGUGGAAAGGAUACAAGCUUAAUGCCAGGUUAUCCGAAAUAACAUACUGCAAAAAACACGGCGAAAAGAGUUCCCUCAGCAUUGGAGACUACGUGGUCGGAGGUGUCUAUCUGAUAUUGAUCAUUUUGAACGCGGCUGGGACAUCAUACGACAUCCUAAAGGGCGAGAAAACAGGGAACCCGUACUUAAUGGCGUUUUCCAUGCGCAAAAACUGGCGUAAGCUGGUGGCGCCCAGCGGACAGGGCCCCGAGCCCAGGCUCAACAGGCUCAAGCUUUUCAACGGCCUGAGGGCGCUGACGAUGAUUUGCGUGUUUUUCUCCCACACGGCUCUGGUACUUGCAUACACCUACCUCGAGAAUCCUUAUUACAUCGAAACGUCAUACGAUGAUCCUUCAAAAUACAUCCUGUUCAACGGCAACCUGGUGACGUACACGUUCUUCGUGAUGUCCGGGUUCCUGCUGGCGUUCAACUUUGAGCUGCACGCUGAGAAGCACCGAAUCAGUCUGUGGGACUGGCCUAAGGGCAUGCUGAUGCGGUGGCUGAGAUUGACUCCAAUCUAUGCCCUGGUCAUGUUCACCGUAAUGACCCUGAUGCGGCACCUGGGUGACGGGCCCCUGUGGCCCCACGUGGUAACCAGCGAAGCCGUCGCCUGCAACCAGUACUGGUGGGCGCACUUACUCUACAUCAACAAUUACAUCUUCGACGAUUCGCAUUGCUUCCCGCAGAGCUGGUAUCUGGCAGCGGACACGCAACUCUUCGGUCUGGGGCUGCUCGUGUGCAUCCUGUUCCGGAAGCCGCGUGCGCAGAUUAUCGCGCUGACUGUCAUGCUGAUCGUGGCGCUGGCCAUCCCUGCCGCGCAUCUGUACUUCCAGCAGAACUUGGGGGCUGUGGUGCAUCUAUCUCCUGAAACAUACCGCUCCCUCUUCCGGUUCAACGACACAUUUCGCAUCAUCUUUGUGGCCGGGCACACGAACAUGUCCACGUACUCGCUGGGCAUCGCUGGCGGCCUGCUCACCUACCACUUGCUCAAGAACGAGAAGAGCGUCUCUCAGAAGCUGCAGGUUAGUUGGACAACACUAACGUACCGCUCCCUCUUCCGGUUCAACGACACAUUCCGCAUCAUCUUUGUGGUCGGGCACACGAACAUGUCUACGUACGCGCUGGGCAUCGCUGGCGGCCUGCUCACCUACCACUUGCUCAAGAACGAGAAGAGCGUCUCUCAGAAGCUGCAGGUUAGUUGGACAACACUGUCCACAGAAAACAUACACACACACAGAACGUACCGCUCCCUCUUCCGGUUCAACGACACAUUCCGCAUCAUCUUUGUGGUCGGGCACACGAACAUGUCUACGUACGCGCUGGGCAUCGCUGGCGGCCUGCUCACCUACCACUUGCUCAAGAACGAGAAGAGCGUCUCUCAGAAGCUGCAGAAAUACCCAUGGAUCAUGUGGAUGACGUUCCCAGUCGGCGUUGGCACCAUCUUGUCCGGUGGUAUCUUCUACAUGGACGGCUACGAACCCUCGACCCUCUUAAAGAUCAUCUACGGCGCCACCCACAAGCCCCUGUUCCAGUGUAUUAUCAUCUUUAUUAUCAUUGCCUGCAUCUUUAAGGUUGAAACCGUGUACCGCGGCAUACUGGAGUGGCGCGGCUUCACGUGGAUGGGACGUGCGUCGUACGCCGGUUUCCUAAUGCACUCGUUGUUCCAGCGCGGUCUGGUCGGCUCGCAGAGACUGCCUUCCUACAUGUCAGACUACAACAUCAUGGUGCUCCUAGCCGCCACUAUAUUCCUGGCGUUUGCCUCAGGCGCGCUGCUUUGGGUGACGGUGGAGUCCCCCCUGGCCACAGUCACUAAGACCAUGCUGUCCCCGCCCAGAAAGAACAGGCCACUCAGACAGGAAGCUGAGACGGAAGAUGCGAAGGGAAAAGAUUUUACAACCAAAGUAUAGAUUUAAGUUAGAUGUAGUUGGAGAUGCCCACCGCGCAU